UUCACUGUCAUAUUCACCAGGGCAUAGGCUGGAACCCGGAAGUCUGGCCCCUACACGCGCCGCUCUGCCCUGUCUGCACUCUAUGAUCUUCAUCAGGUUACUCUUGCCUCGGAGAACUCCAUGGUUCCGGGGCGGGCUGGGAGGACCGAAUUUGAAGUGCGGCGGGAAGUUGGUGGUGACAUCUGUCACUAGGCCAGAGUUCUCCCAAGUCGGAGGGCGCCGGGACUAUGUUUUGCCCUAGACAACCGACAAGGGCUUGCAAUGAAUGUUCCGCGCCGCGGUGGGAAUCGGCGGCAUUCAGCGUCGGACUCGGACUGGUUCCCGGGAAGCGGCAGUGACAGCGGUGUCAGCCCGAGGCGCCCCUGGGGGCCGGUGCUGAGUCCGCCCCCGGGCCUGGGCCGCAGCCUGAAGGCCGCAGGUGCAGGACUCUGCAAGCAAACAGUUCCUGAUGACCAAAUAGACAAGCUGUUAUUGGCAAAUUGGGGACUUCCUAAAGCAGUUCAGCAGAAAUAUCACAGUUUUGGUGUAAAACAGAUGUUCGAAUGGCAGGCAGAAUGCCUUCUGCUUGGACAGGUCUUGGAAGGAAAGAAUUUAGUUUAUUCAGCUCCUACAAGUGCUGGGAAGACCCUUGUAGCAGAAUUACUCAUUUUAAAGCGUGUUUUGGAAACGCAGAAGAAAGCCUUGUUUAUUCUUCCCUUUGUUUCUGUGGCUAAAGAGAAGAAAUACUAUCUCCAGAAUCUGUUUCAAGAAGUAGGAAUAAAAGUAGACGGUUAUAUGGGCAGUACCUCUCCAACAGGUCAUUUCUCUUCGUUGGAUAUUGCUGUCUGCACAAUUGAGAGAGCCAAUGGUCUGAUCAAUCGCCUUAUAGAGGAAGAUAAGAUGGAUCUGUUAGGAAUGGUAGUUGUGGAUGAGUUGCAUAUGUUGGGAGACUGUCACCGAGGAUAUCUGCUGGAACUUUUGCUCACUAAAAUUUGCUAUCUUACUCAGAAAUCAGCAUCUCGCCAGGCGGAUUUAGCCAGUCCUCUGUCCAAUGCUGUGCAAGUUGUUGGCAUGAGUGCCACUCUUCCUAAUUUGGAGCUUGUGGCUUCCUGGUUGAAUGCUGAACUCUACCAUACUGACUUUCGUCCUGUACCACUUUUGGAGUCAAUAAAAAUUGGAAAUUCCAUUUAUGACUCUUCAAUGAAGCUUAUAAGGGAAUUUCAACCCAUGCUACAAGUGAAGGAAGAUGAGGAUCAUGUUGUUAGUUUAUGUUAUGAGACUGUUUGUGAUAACCAUUCAGUAUUACUUUUUUGUCCAUCAAAAAAAUGGUGUGAGAAGCUGGCGGAUAUUAUUGCGCGGGAGUUUUAUCGUCUACAUCAUUCAGCCGAGGGACUGGGAAAACAAUCUGAAUUUACACCACCAAUUCUGGAACCCAAAAGCCUCUUGGAAGUAGUUGAUCAAUUGAAACGUUCUCCUUCGGGACUGGAUUCUGUGUUACAAAAAACUGUACCAUGGGGAGUAGCAUUUCAUCAUGCAGGUCUUACCUUUGAGGAGCGGGAUAUCAUUGAAGGAGCUUUCCGUCAGGGUCUCAUUCGGGUCUUGGCAGCAACUUCUACUCUCUCUUCUGGGGUGAAUUUGCCUGCUCGUCGUGUGAUUAUUCGGACUCCUGUUUUCAGUGGUCACCCUCUCAACAUUCUUACUUACAAGCAGAUGGUUGGUCGUGCUGGCAGGAAAGGAGUGGACACAAUGGGUGAGAGUAUCUUAAUUUGUAAGAACUCUGAGAAAUCAAAAGGCAUAGCCCUACUUCAAGGAUCCUUAAAACCUGUUUGCAGUUGUCUACAAAGACAAGACGGAGAAAUAACUGCCAGUAUGAUCCGAGCUAUUCUGGAAAUCAUAGUUGGUGGAGUGGCAAGUACAUCACAAGACAUACAGAUUUAUGCUUCUUGCACGUUUUUGGCUGCAAGUAUGACAAAAGAGAAGCAGAGAAUUCAGAAAAAUCAAGAUUCUGUUCAACUUGGAGCAAUUGAAGCUUGUGUGAUGUGGCUACUGGAAAAUGAAUUUAUUCAGAUUAUAGAAGACAGAAAUGGGACAGAAGGAAAUGUGUAUCAUCCAACACAUCUGGGUACAGCUACUCUUUCUUCUUCACUUUCUCCAACUGAUACCUUAGAUAUUUUUGCUGACCUUCAAAGAGCAAUGAAGGGCUUUGUUUUAGAGAAUGACCUUCAUAUUGUCUAUCUGGUUACACCUAUGUUUGAAGAUUGGACGACUAUUGAUUGGUAUCGAUUUUUUUGUUUGUGGGAGAAGUUGCCAACUUCUAUGAAAAGGGUAGCAGAGCUGGUGGGAGUUGAAGAAGGGUUCUUGGCUCGCUGCGUGAAAGGAAAAGUAGUAGCCAGAACUGAGAGACAACACCGACAAAUGGCCAUCCACAAAAGGUUUUUCACCAGUCUUGUGCUAUUAGAUUUAAUCAGUGAAAUUCCCUUGAAGGAAAUUAUUCAGAAAUACGGUUGUAAUCGUGGACAGAUCCAGUCUUUGCAACAGUCAGCUGCUGUUUAUGCAGGGAUGAUUACAGUGUUUUCCAACCGUCUUGGCUGGCACAACAUGGAACUGUUGCUUUCCCAGUUUCAGAAGCGUCUUACCUUUGGCAUCCAGCGGGAGCUGUGUGACCUGGUCCGGGUGUCCCUACUUAAUGCGCAGAGAGCCAGGGUCCUCUAUGCUUCUGGCUUCCUUACUGUGGCAGAUCUUGCUCGGGCAAAUGUUGCUGAGGUGGAGGUGGUUCUGAAAAGAGCUGUGCCCUUCAAAAGUGCCAGAAAGGCAGUGGAUGAGGAAGAGGAAGCAGUUGAAGAACGUCAGAAUAUGGGAACAAUUUGGGUGUCCAACAGAAAACUAACUCCGAGAGAAGCGGCAGUCUUAAUAGUGGAUGAAGCCAAAAUGAUUCUGCAGCAGGACUUAGUUGAAAUAGGGGUGAAGUGGGAUCCCUCUUCCCCGUUAAAUGCUGGUACAUAUUCCCUGACCAGGAGUGAGUCAAAAGACAAGGAACACACAUUUGUACUCCAGACUACAGGUUGUCACAAACAAUUAAUGCCAAAGAACAAAAGUAAUAUGAGAUUUAAUGACACUUCUAUCAACAAUUCACCAAAUACAGUGGAAAGCAGCGGGCACACAAGUUCCUUUCAUUGUAAGCGCCAGAAUAGUAAUCAGGAGCAUAGGAGUGAUUCCAUCUUGAGAGGAAGAAAACAGGGUUCUUUGGGCAUAAAAAAAGAGAAGUCCAGAACUUUUCUGAAUGAGAGAAAAACAAGUACUGGGAAAGUCCUUCAGACCUCAUUAGAGAAAACAAAAAAAGCGGCUUUGAAUUUCAAUUCAGACCAGAAGAACACAAGUUUUCUAUGUUGGAAACAUAAGAAGAGCCAAAAAGAAUCCCAGGACAGUAGUCCUGUGAAAGACUCUGUGAUGAAAGGCUCUGUAACUAGUCCUGUUCAUGAAAAUCGAUUUACGUUUGAUGAGGAGAAUGUGGAAUUUAGAAGUCCAGAGCCAUUUGUCAAAGACGUAUCUUGUGCUGAGGGAAAAAACAACAAAACAUCAUUCCUAUUACAAACAGAGCAAUAUUGUUUAAGGAACAGAACAAUAACUAAUGAUUCUUUUAUGGAGCAUUUUUUCACAGGAUCCCCAAGACAAAAUAUGAUUUGUCAAGCCACUAGUAUUGUUAGUAAAAAUGGAAAUGGAUUGCCUGUCCCUGAGAUAGAAAAAAUAAAUGAAGUGAAAAUACAAAUUGAUUCCAAAAACCAGGCUUUUUCUGUGAAACACUGUGAUCCUCAUCCAGCGAACCAGUGGCUGGAAAAACAACAGUGUGAUAAACGGUCAGACAUUUGUGCUACACAGAAAAAAAUGACAGAGGAAGAAAUGCCCGGUGAGGUAGUCAGUAGCUGUUUGCAUAGAAAUGCAAAUGUUGCUACUAUCAAAUGUGAAAGUGUAAAGUCUAAUAGUGAAGAAAAUAAAUCCAAUCAUUUUCAAGCAUUGGGAAGUAAUAUAAGAACCGAGGUGCCUAGUGGAAUACUUCAGUCAGCGGAAAUAUUUGGGAAAUCAGGAGGCCAGCAUGAAAAUUUUGUAAAUUCUUCUAGAAUGCAAGAAAAAACAGCAGCAAGCAGAAAUGAAAAUAACCAUGCUAUCAAUUUAGGUUUAGUGCCGUGUGAUUUUGAAGAUAGUUUAUACCUAGAUACUCAGUCAGAGAAAAUAAUUCAACAGAUGGCAACUGAAAAUGCCAAACAAGGAGCAAAGGACACCAGCCUGACCGCAAGAAAUACACAGAAGUCAGAUAAGCAGAACUCACUGGCCUCUUUUCAUAAAGAGUUUCCUGUCACUUCCAGUGAGCCACAUCCCCUAGAAGUGACUAGUCCAGCUCAUUCAGACCUUAAGACUCUGGUCACUGAGAAGCAAACCACCAAACAUGGGGCCGAUAGUCCCGGGAGCCCAGUUUUUAGUUCUCCAGUACUAAUAGGGGAAAAUGGCCCUUGUUUUAAAGGAUAUGAAAUUUCUGUUACUGACUCUCAAUUAAAUAGUUUUCUUCAAGGUUAUCAAACACCUGUGACUGUGAAGUCAGUCUUACCUGUGGUACCUCCAAAGAGAACUCCCACUGGUAUGGAAGGAGACUGCCUGUUAGCUUUUGAAACAAGUUUGAAUAUGAGUGAUAGUUUACUCUUUGACAGUUUCAGUGAAGACUUCCUAGUAAAAGAACAGCCACCUGGACAAGCAAAAAAACUCCUUCCUUCUGAAAUAACUUCAAACCAUCUCAGUGAUUCUCUUUGUCUACAGCAAGAGGAUCCUACUAAAACAUCAAAUAUCGAAGAGCAUCAAAAUAUUCAGCAGCAGCAGUUAACUUGUUUCAAUAAUGAAUCUGUUAUGUUUUCAGAAAUGGAUUCUACUCAGUUGCGUGAAGCUAUGGACAAUGCCGAUAUAGUUUCUGUCCAAGAGAAACAUAAUACUGAAGUAUCUUUUAGAACAUUAGAACUAGGUGGUUUAGUGAUUAAAGACAAUGGUCGCCUUCAAGGAGAAGUAAUUGGUGAUCAAGAUGAAAUGGCUCAAAAGUCCAAAUUAACUGAGACAAAGAAAAAUAAUUCAUUCAUGUGGUCGGGGAGAUCCUUUGAUUUAAGUCCAGGAUUGCAACAGAUUUUAGAUAAAGUGUCCAGUCCACUAGAAAAUGAAAAACUACAAUUAACGACUGUAAACUUACCUAGUUUGAAAGGAAAAAGUAUUGAGUUAAAUGACAGACGGGAAAUGAUUUCAAAUUCAGAGACAUGUCAUCUACAUGGCAUGUCAUUCUCCUGUAAUAAUGAAAUAAAAUGCAAGAUGGAUGCACUAGAGAACAAGGCCAGUCAUGGUGAAACCCCAUCACUCUUGCCUUGUAAAGAAAACUGUGUGUUAGAUGCUAAUGGUCUCAUUCCUCCUACACCUAUUCCAUCAUCUGCUUCUAAGCUGGUAUUUCAAGAGAUUCUUGGAACUUCUGUAAAACCUUGCACUAGAAAUAUUUUACACCUUGGUGAAGGUUGUUCAUUUGGCUCACCUUCAGGUGUGAAAACCCAUGGCUUAAGUCCAGAGAGCAGGAAUGGUUUCCAAGAUGACAGUCCUGCUGGAGACACCAGGUUUUCACUCCAGUUGUUGGAGGAUGGCUUGCAGUUAACUCCAGUCUCAUGCAGUUCAGCAGGUUUGGCGAUCAUUGAUGUAGCAAGUAACCAGACUCUCUUUCAGACAUUUGUUAAAGAGUGGCAGUACAAAAAACGGUUUUCCAUCUCACUGGCCUGUGAAAAGAUAAAAAGUUUGACCUCCUCUAAAACUGUUACUAUUGGUGGAAGAUUUAAACAAGCUCACUUACCUCAGGAAACCCUGGUUAGCGAUGAUAGAUUUCCUGUUCAAGGCUCGGAUGACAUACUAGUGGUUGGACUGGCAAUAUGCUGGGGUGGAAGAGAUGCAUAUUAUAUUUCACUGCAGAAGGAGCAGAAGCAUUCUGAAAUUAGUGCCAGUUUGGCCCCACCUUCUCUGGAUCCAGCCCUGACUGUGAGAGAAAGGAUGUGGCACCUUCGAUCCUGCUUGCAAAAGGAAUCUGAUAAGGACCGUUCCGUUAUCAUGUAUGAUUUCAUCCAGAGCUAUAAAAUUCUUCUUCAGUCUUGUGGCAUCUCCCUGGAGCAAAAUUAUGAAGACCCUAAGGUAGCAUGCUGGUUAUUAGAUCCAGAUUCCACAGAGCCAACACUUCACAGUAUGGUCACGAGCUACCUUCCUCAAGAGCUCCCCCUCCUAGAGGGCCUGGAGACUGGACCUGGAAUUCAAAGCCUGGGGCUGCAUGUGAGCACUGAGCAUUCUGGGCGAUAUAGAGCAUCUGUAGAGUCCAUUCUUGUCUUCAACUGUAUGAACCAACUCAACUCUUUGCUGCAGAAGGAAAAUCUUCAAGAUAUUUUCUACAAGGUGGAAAUGCCUUCUCAGUAUUGCUUGGCCUUGCUAGAAUUAAAUGGAAUUGGCUUCAGUGCUGUGGAGUGUGAAAGCCAGAAGCACGUCAUGCAAGCCAAGCUGGAUGCAAUUGAGAUGCAGGCCUAUCAACUAGCCGGCCAUAGUUUUUCCUUCACCAGUGCAGAUGACAUUGCAGAGGUUCUGUUUUUAGAACUGAAGUUGCCACCAGAUGGAGAGAUGAAAAUCCAAAGCAGCAAGAAAACCUUGGGUUCUACCAGAAGAGGCAGUGAGCGGGCACAGAAGCAGAGGCUCGGGAGACGAUUUAGCACCAGCAAGGAUGUUUUGAAUAAAUUAAAGGCAUUGCAUCCUUUACCAGGCUUGAUCCUGGAAUGGAGAAGAAUCACCAAUGCUAUUACCAAAGUAGUCUUUCCACUGCAACGGGAAAAGCGUCUGAAUCCUUUUCUUAGGAUGGAAAGAAUCUAUCCUGUGUCACAGUCUCACACGGCUACAGGACGAAUAACCUUUACAGAACCAAAUAUCCAGAAUGUGCCAAGAGAUUUUGAAAUCAAAAUGCCAACCCUCGUAGAAGAGAGUCCCCCUUCUCAGUCCAUAGGCAGAGACCUACUGCCCAUGGGCAGAAGACAAAAUAAGAGGCGUUGUGUCCGGAACCCGGGGCACCAGGCGCAGAUGAAGAAAGCUUCAGAUAGAGGGAUGCCAUUUUCAGUGAGCAUGCGACAUGCUUUUGUACCUUUCUCAGGUGGUUUAAUACUGGCUGCUGAUUACUCUCAGCUCGAACUGAGGAUCUUGGCUCAUUUGUCUCGUGAUCAUCGUCUCAUUCAAGUACUAAACACUGGAGCCGACGUUUUCAGGAGCAUCGCAGCAGAGUGGAAGAUGACGGAGCCGGAGUCUGUGGGGGAUGAGCUGAGGCAACAGGCAAAGCAGAUUUGCUAUGGAAUCAUUUAUGGGAUGGGAGCUAAAUCUUUAGGAGAACAAAUGGGCAUUAAAGAAGAUGCUGCUGCUUGCUAUAUUGAUUCCUUCAAGUCCAGAUAUAAAGGGAUUAAUUGUUUCCUGAGAGAGACAGUGAAGAACUGUGAAAGAGAUGGCUUUGUUCAGACCGUUUUGGGAAGGCGUAGAUACCUACCAGGAAUCAGAGACAAUAACCCUUAUCGUAAAGCUCAUGCUGAACGUCAGGCCAUCAACACAACAGUCCAAGGAUCUGCAGCUGAUAUAGUCAAAAUAGCCACAGUUAACAUUCAGAGGCAACUGGAGACCUGCUCAGCCUUCAAAUCCCACAGCCAUAGGGAGAGGAUGCUUCAGAGCGAUGGGACAGGAUUAUUACCAAAGGGAGAACUACAGGGGACGUCCUGCCCGAUCCGAGGAGGCUUCUUCAUCCUUCAGCUCCAUGAUGAGCUUCUAUAUGAAGUAGCAGAAGAGGACAUCGUUCAGGUAGCUCAGAUUGUCAAGAAUGAAAUGGAAAGUGCCAUAAAACUUUCUGUGAAUCUGAAAGUGAAAGUGAAAAUCGGCUCCAGCUGGGGGGAGCUGAAGGACUUUGAUGUUUAGCCUGCAGCUGACUUGGUCUCCUGAGAAGCUCGGUGCAGUUAUAGCCAGCAGGAGAUCGGAGAGGCUGGCCUUUCACCUUCGUCAAGAAGACAAACUGGAGUCCUGAUGGACAUAGGAUAGAAAUCUAUAGCAAGGGCUUCAAAAUGCGUACCAGGGUCUGUUCCCUAUGGUGUCAAAAAAGAUUUUUGGGAAAGAACUGGAGGUGAAGUUUAAUGCUUAUAUCCACUCCUAAGAGUUCCUGGGGGUUUUGUCGCUGAAUUUCAUAAUUUAUUGUGCCUCUGAAUAUGCUUGAAAUAUGCACUUAGCACUUCUGGCCCUUCCCUGUCUGGGUGGGACAUGGAAAUGGAGCUGCCGCCUGGGGUGUUUCCAGUGUCAGUCACCUGGGUUCAGGCACUCAACAGGAGCUGCAGGCCAGGAAGCCUUCAGGUUCACUUUUACCAGCAUGGUUAUGCAUGGGGUGUGAUCUUUUUCCUUCAGUAUUAAGACUUCUGAAGUGACAUUGGUGACUGUAAGGUGGUACGACUUACUGUGGAGGGAUCCGUCUCCAUGGAAUGUUUCUGCUUUUUCUUCCUCAGGUCAUACAGUGAAAAUACUUGGAAUAUUUAUGUAUUAAAAAUGAGGCAUGUCCUGUUACAUACAAUCAGAUAUAUACUGCAGAUGAACAUAAUACUGCCUUGCCAGGCAAGGACAGCGCCUCUUCCCCAGCCUUGUGCCUUUAUUUGUGUUUGUGACUGGGAGUAACAUCCAUGCUGAAAAGAGUGAGGUUGGUGAUCCCAGCCAGAGGUAUAGCACUUUUUGCUGUUGAAAUAAAAUGAAUUCAUGAGAAA